AUGAGUGGACGUCGAGGAAGGCCGCCGACACGCGCCCGAGGCAAUCGGGCAAUUCUUGCUCCAGGUCCUGAUCCCAUUCCGGAGCCUGCACCUGUACCUAACCCUACACCACCCCCAGCAUCGCCUACUCCUACAGAUUCAGUGGCAGAGUUGCGCCAAGAGGUUAGUGAGUUGAGGGGCACGAUGGCUUCCAUGUUGAGGCAUUUCGAGGAAUUCAUGGCCCAUCAAGGCAGGCCAGGACAGGUGCCGCCGGUAGCAGGGAAUGAGCCAAUCUUACAAGAAAAUGUUAGUAGUCAGACGUCGAACCCAGUGCAGCAGGAGGUCGAGCCUCAGGGUAUGGAUGGUAAUGCUGGCAGUCAGUUGGUGAGGAACUUCAUGGCACUCAGGCCAUCAGAAUUCAGAGGGGGAAACGACGUUCUGGUUGCAGAAGAGUGGCUGAUGGCAAUAGAGAAACAUCUGCGGACCAUAGGAUGCACUGAUGCACAGAAGGUUCGUAGCCAGAAGACAUACGAGUUCAUCGAGUUGACCCAGGGCAACAUGUCAGUGGCUCAGUAUGAGGAGGAGUUCACCUCCCUAGCACGCUUUGCCCCCGAGUUAGUAGACACUGAUGAGAAGAAAGCGACCAAGUUCUUGAGAGGGUUGCGAGUGGAGAUUCGAUUUCAGCUGGCAGGUGCGCAGUUCACUGACUAUUCUACACUGGUACAUCGGGCAUACAUCAUUGAGAGAGAGAUGAGUGAGCUGAGAGCAGCCCUGACAGCUACUAGGGGGUCAGGCUCAGCCCAGGGACAGGGCAAUGACAGGAAGAGGAAGGGUGCACCAGGGCUUUCGAGAGGCACGCCAGACAUCCCCCCAUGCAAGACAUGUGGAAAGAGGCAUCGUGACCCAUGCCGCUAUGACAGAGGGGUGAUAUGUUACACUUGUGGUCAGGCGGGGCACGUACAGAGGGACUGCCCUCAGGGGUCAGGUAGAGCAGGCAACCAGGAGGUGACAUGUUUUAAAUGUGGGCGCAAGGGCCAUAAGGCCAACGUUUGUUCAGUGCCACCCCAGCGAGGAGGCCAAAGGCCGGGGUAUCAGAGUGAUAGAUCUGGGCAGAGGCAGUCAGUGCCUAGACUUCAGGGGAUGGCACCAUCAUUGGCACUACCAUCAGGACAGAGCACCGCAGAUGCUGAUAGACCCCACAUCCAGGGGGGAGUGUUCGCCUUGACUACAGCUGAAGCAGAGCAAGGGAAAGACACAAUGCAAGGUAUCUUAUCCUUAUAUGAUAUUGAUGUUUGUGUUUUAUUUGAUACGGGAUCCACACACUCUUUUGUUGCACCUCGGGUGGUAUGUCAUAUUCCAAUUUCCAGUACAUUGUUACCAUAUUAUUUGAUUGUGACUACUCCGGGAGAUACAAAAAUGGUGGGUAGUGAGGUGUAUAGGGAUUGUAAAAUCAUGGUGCACGAUAAGGAGUUUUCGAGGAAUUUGGUGGUGCUAGACAUAAAAGAUUUUGAUCUCAUGGACUGGCUAUCCCAACACUAUGCUAAGGUUGAUUGUCGGCACAAGGUAAUUCAUUUUGAGUUGCCUCAUCAGCCAAUUGUUGUGUAUAGAGGCAUUAAACCAAUGAGCUCCACACCUUUGAUUUCGGUGAUGAAGGCGGAGAAAUUAAUGCGACAUGGUUGCGAGGCAUAUUUGGCUUUAGUGACGAUUGGUAAUGAGGACAAGAUGGAAUUGCCAGAUAUUUCGGUGGUCUGUGAAUUUCCCGAUGUAUUUCUUGAAGAGUUGCCAGGAUUGCCGCCAUCGAGGGAGGUUGAGUUCUCUAUUGACUUAGUACCAGGUACGCAGCCAGUUUCUAGGGCUCUUUACAGGAUGGCUCCAAAUGAAUUGAAAGAGCUAAAGGUGCAGUUGGAGGAAUUGAUUGAGAAGGGAUUCAUCCGCCCGAGUGCCUCAUCUUGGGGUGCUCCAGUUUUAUUCGUGAGGAAGAAGGAUGGAUCCAUGAGAUUAUGCAUUGACUACCGGCAGUUGAAUCAGGUGACGUUGAAGAACAAGUAUCCCCUCCCCCGUGUUGAUGACUUGUUGGACCAGUUACGUGGAGCAUCCGUCUUUUCGAAGAUUGACUUGAGGUCUGGAUACCAUCAGGUGAGGGUCAGAGAAGAAGAUGUAAAGAAGACUACUUUUCGCAUUAGGUACGGCCAUUACGAGUUUGUGGUCAUGCCAUUUGGGUUGACUAAUGCCCCGGCAGUCUUCAUGGAUUUGAUGAACAGGGUGUUUAGAGAGUAUUUGGAUAGCUUUGUUAUAGUGUUCAUUGAUGACAUACUCAUCUACUCGUCGAGUUUGGAGGACCAUGAGACCCACCUUAGGCUGGCAUUGCAGAGGCUGAGGGAGAGGCAGUUGUAUGCCAAGUUCAGUAAGUGUGAUUUUUGGCAGCGACAGGUUGGCUUCUUGGGACACGUAGUAUCUGGUGAGGGUAUUUCAGUAGACCCUGAAAAAGUGAAGGCAGUGAUUGAGUGGCCACAACCAACUACAGUAACCGGCAUCAAGAGCUUUUUGGGGCUAGCAGGUUACUACAGAAGAUUCAUUGAGGGUUUCUCUAGGCUUUCCUCUCCUAUGACAAAGUUGACUCGGAAGGAAGUCAAGUACGAAUGGAACGAGGCUUGUGAGCGUAGCUUUGAGGAGUUGAAGAAGAGGCUAACCUCAGCACCGGUAUUGGCUAUUCCUAGGAGUGGAGAGACAUUUUCCAUCUUCAGUGAUGCGUCACACUCAGGUCUCGGAUGUGUAUUGAUGCAGGAUGGACGAGUGAAAGCCUAUGCCUCGAGACAAUUGAAGAAACAUGAGGUGAACUACCCUACCCAUGACUUGGAGUUAGCGGCAGUAGUGUUUGCUCUCAAGAUUUGGAGGCAUUACCUCUAUGGAGAGAAGGUGGAGAUUUAUACUGACCAUAAAAGUUUAAAGUACCUUUUCUCCCAGAAGGAGUUGAACAUGAGGCAACGUAGGUGGAUGGAGCUGCAGGACUAUGAUUGUGAGAUCUUGUACCAUCCGGGGAAGGCCAACGUGGUGGCCGACGCAUUGAGUCGCCGAGGGGCUUAUAUGGCGGCUAUGAAGACCCAGGAAUGGAUGCUUUUGAGUCAGAUGGGGGAGUUAUCUAUCUCUGGACCCGAAGAGAGACCUACGGGGUAUUGUUCGUACCUAAGGGUACAACCUAAUGUGAUGGAACAGAUUAGGGUGCAACAAUCACACGAUUCCCGCUAUACGAUUCACCCCGGCACGACGAAGAUGUAUCAGAAUCUACGGAGGCAGUUUUGGUGGGAUGGUCUGAAGAGAGAUGUGGCAAUAUAUGUAUCCCAGUGUGCAGUGUGCCAGCAGGUUAAGGCAGAACAUCAAAAACCAGCAGGUCUCCUACGGUCGUUGCCCAUUCCAGAGUGGAAGUGGGAUAACAUAUCCAUGGACUUCGUGUCAGGGCUACUAAGGACAGCGAAGGGGUGCGAUGCUAUUUGGGUGAUAGUAGACCGUUUGACGAAAUCAGACCAUUUCCUACCGAUUAAGAAGACUUACCGUUUGAACCACCUUGCGAAGUUAUAUGUGGAGGAAGUGGUGAGAUUACAUGGAGUUCCCUCUAGUAUCGUAAUGAAGGUCGCACAGGACCGUCAAAAGAGCUAUGCGGAUAAAAGACGUCGAGACUUGGAGUUCUCAGCUAGGGACCACGUAUGGCUGAGAGUGAUGCCCAUAAAGGGCGUACGCAGAUUUGGGGUGUCGGGGAAGCUUAGUCCUCGCUAUAUUGGACCGUUUGAAAUCUUGGAACGAGUUGGCCCUUUGGCCUAUAGGUUGGCCUUGCCACCACAGUUAGCUGGCGUUCAUAAUGUCUUCCAUGUGUCCAUGUUAAGGAAGUACGUGCCAAAUCCCCAGCAUAUCAUCGACUAUCAGACUAUAGAAGUCAAGGAGGAUGUCACAUACGAGGAGAAACCUGUUAGUAUUUUGGAGAGGAAAGAGAAAGUGCUACGAAAUCGAUCGAUUCCAUUUGUUAAAAUUCAGUGGCAGCGUCACUCUUUAGAUGAGGCUACCUGGGAGCGCGAGGAGGAGAUGAGGCGUCGUUUCCCCCAGCUAUUCGAGUGACCAGACAGGAAUUUGGGGACCAAAUUCUUUGAAGGGGGGGAGAAAUUGUAACGACCCAUUAUUGGGUCUAGAAUUUUAGAAUGAUGUAUUAACUUAUUUUAGUUAUUAUAUAAGUUGAGCAAAAUUGAUUCUUAAUGUUGAAAUAGAUCUAUGG